CCUACAUUGCUCUCCAUUUUCCCCACACGCCCUUUCGCCUCUUAAUUCCCUUUCACUUUUGUUUUUCUUUCUUUCCAUAUAUAUAAAUACCUCCCUCUUCCACUGAGAUUUUUCAUAUGUCUUAUUAGAUAUUGAUAGUUAAUUUGAAAGAAUGAAAGAAGGUAGGAAACAAGGUGCAGCCUCACCCUGUGCUGCAUGCAAACUUCUAAGAAGAAGAUGUGCUCAAGAUUGUGUCUUUGCUCCUUAUUUCCCUGCCGACGAACCCCACAAGUUUGCUAAUGUCCAUAAAGUCUUUGGCGCUAGCAAUGUCAACAAGAUGCUUCAGGACUUACCUGAACAUCAAAGAGGGGAUGCAGUGAGUAGCAUGGUGUAUGAAGCAAAUGCAAGAGUGAGAGACCCUGUGUAUGGUUGUGUAGGGGCAAUUUCGUCACUUCAGCAACAAAUUGAUGUUCUACAAACCCAAUUGGCUGUGGCACAAGCUGAGGCUGUGCACCUGAGGGUGCGCCAAACUGCACCCUCCUUUUGGAACAGUGCAGGACAUAGCCCAACAAGUCCAACCUAUAGUGGCUCUCCAUCAUCCAAAAUCAAUGAAUCACAAGCCAAACAUAUUUUUGAUAUGGACAUGGUGGUGGACCAAGGUGGUUAUGCUGAUUCAAUGUGGUGAUGCAAUACAAUACAACUACUAUGGUUAAUAUAUAUAAUUAUAUAUACACUAGCACUAUCUAUUUAGACUAUACAAGAGGGAUACAUUAUUUUUUAAAGUAAUGUUUUCUCCCGUUUCACUUUAAACCUAAAGACCUUAAGACAUGCGUAAGUGUCUUUGUUAGACCUGUUUUGAUUCUGAUGAGUCUCUGAAGUGCAACUCACAUAAAACUUUAUUUAGUAGAAUAGAGAUAGAACUCUAGAAGCAGUGGUGGCGGAGGCCGUUCGCCCACUUGAUUUAGUUUGGUUACUUGGUUAUAGAUUUCUUCUCAUGAUGAUUGAUAAGAUAUAUAUAGUAUGGUAGUGUAAAUAUAUAUAUUACCAUUUGACAUUGUGUUAAGGGCAAGGUUAUAUGGUUGGAUUGUGGAUUUUUCAUGGCUAAAAGACAGGAUUGAGUUUUGUAUUGUUGUUCUUUCUAGUGAUGCUUGACUUUAUGUUUUGGAUUUUACAAGGAAGGUGCACCUAUUGGCAUUUACUUAGUUUUUCACAAGUAUUGCUACUUCUUUGUAAUGUUGGGGUAUUGCUAUACAACUAUGAAUUAUCA